AUGACCGAAAUGCUUAAAUGUCUUUCGAUCGCAGAUCCUGUGUUCUCGGACAUUAGAUUUCCGAAAGAGGCAUCUGGCAUCGCCAUACGAGUGAUACUUGAAACCCUGCUCCCGCAACUUCCUCCCCAUGAAUCAAUAAGAAAUACGCUAAUGCACCCUCCAAUCCCGGUCUCUAAUUCGUUUAUUUUCUCCCUCCUGAACGAGCUUCUUGAGUUGGGCGUGAAUGUAUAUGCUGUCGAGUUUAUUUCCCUGAUCAUCGAUGUCUUCUUUGUUAGACUUUGCGUUCUUGACGAAUUCGCGCCUCUAAUUCUGCGACUGAAAACGUUCGUUAGUGAUGAGCUCCAAUUGUUGGGCCAUACAGCGGUCAUAAAAAAUUUAUUGUUCGCUGUUGACUGCCCUACUGCUUCAGCGCAUGCCUACAUUAGGGAGAAAAAGCCCAAUAAGCCGAGCUAUUCAUAUGAAGCAUUUGAGUGGCGUCUGAUGAGUAGGAUGCUGACUUCUAAAUAA